AUGAGUUCAGGUCCUCCGCCUUCAGAACCGCACACUUCGUUACUAGUUUCUCCGUCUUCAAAAGAUAAAUAUGUCAAAAAUUCAACAUCAUCGAUUGUUUUUCCUACAAAAUCUAGUCGUCUACGGUUCGCAUUACAUAGGAUAAGAAAAAUGUUAAAGCGUAUACCCUUUGAAAAACGACGAAUGAAGUUACUAACGUUUAUUACAUUGGUGAUUGUAUCUACGGUAUUUAUAAAGGGGAUAUUAAUGAUUUCUUCUUUUGUAACGUCAUGGAUUGAUGAUGCUCCCACUCUUACAUUCGAAAAACAAAACUAUUCACCGGUUAAAUAUUUAGGAAUAGGUCCGAACAUAUCAACAAGGUUACCAAAAGGGGUUACAAUUUAUCACAUCACCAAAGAAUUUGGAGCAGCAACGUUAGGAGGAUUGGGAGAAUUAGUGACGGGGUUAUCUCAAGCACAAUCAAAAAAUUCAUCAUUAAACGUCAAUGUAAUUAUGCCAUAUUACUCAUAUUUAAGUAAAUUAUAUAGACCUCAUAAAUACGCACAUUUAUCCAUAAAAAUUCGCGAUAAAAGCGGUAAAUGGAAGAAUGUAGGAUUUUUGGUUUAUCGUACUUUGUGGAAUACUUCAAAGAAUAAUAUUUUAACGAGUAAUUCCGAGAUACCAUCGGGUAUUCUUAGUGUAUUUAUGAUCGGACCAGCAUCAAAUAUGAUACCAUUAAAUACGGCAUUUAAAGCGUCAAGUAUAGCAAAGAUCAAAAAUUUAAAUUCAAAAUUACUACCUGAAUGGAAAGAUUUGUACUUUUGCAAAGCUGCCGCUGAGCUCAUUGCGUAUAGAAAUACAAUAAUUGACACUUCGUUAUUUGCCAUACAUGAAACAAGAGGUGUGGAUGUUGUACACGUUCAUGGUUCAACCAACGCAUUUAUGAUUGAAUUUCUUGAAAAUAUUAAUCAUGGUAAAAAAUUUGGAAAGAAAAUUCCCGCUGUAGUUUACACGAUACAUGAUUAUUUAGAGGAACAGAUUUAUUCAAAUGAUCUCACGAAUAUUCAAAAAUUUCUUGAUGUUGACGUAUUCCAAGUAGGGAAACCUCAAUAUUUUCAUAAUGAUCGAAUGUACAUGUCAGGCUAUGCGAUUGAUAACGCGCAAAUGGUGACUUUUGUAUCAAAAGAUUUGGCAAGGGAAAUGGUUGAAGGACCAAUGGAUUUUCAUCUUAAAGAAUUAAUUAUACCAAAUAUUUUGAAUAAAGCGAAAUUAGGUCAAUGGGUUGGUAUAACGAGUGGGAUUGAUUUUAUUUCCUAUAAUCCAUUUAAUAAUUCAAUGUUAAUGGAAAGUAACGCAAAUUUUCCUAACAAUUUCGAUGAUUUUGAUCCAGUUUUAUUAUACGCAGAGUCAAUUGAAGGAUCAUCACAAGAAUUAGUUACAGUUUCGAAGCAAAGUGCAAAAGCGUACCUAGUAAGAGAAGGCUUGUUGACCCGAGAAGAUUUAAAUAGACCUUUAGUAUUAUACGUUGGUGAAUUGGAAUAUAAUAAAGGGUUACAAUUCUUUAAAGCCGCAGCCGACUUCUUUGUGGAAAUGGAUGCAAAAUUUAUCAUCAUGGGAAAGAAUAGUAAUUAUCCUUUAGAAAUCUUAAAUAAAUUAUCCGAAAACGCACCUAAUCAUGUUAUCAUAAUAAAUAAUUUGGAAUUUCAAAAAGAGUGGGGUAUAUUGUAUAGGGUUGCUUCUGAUAUCUUUUUUAUGCCAAGUUUCAUGGAAAGUUUUGGUUUAUUUGCCGCAGAAGGGUUAUUGUUUGGUACGCCUGUGGUUAGCAAUUGUGUUGGUGAUUUAAAAGAAUUUUUAGUUAAUAAAGCUAAAGACGAUGAUAAUUUUAAAAUUGAUUAUAACUCUUAUCUAUUUGAAUUGGUUGAUAAUCAAAUGAUUGGUUUGUCGAUAGACAAUAUGAAGUUGGCUUUAUUAGAAGCAAUUAAUGAUUGGAAAAGGAUGAGCAAAGACAUCAGAGUAAAAGAAAUCUUCUUGAGAAAAUUAAUUAAAGAUGCUUUUAAACUAAGUUGGAAUCGUUUUGAAGGUCCUGUUGAACAAUAUUUAAAAGUUUAUAGAAAAGCAAUGUUGCAGGUUCGAGAUAAAUUAGAAGAGGGAUUAAAUGAUUGA